AUGGCUGUUGAUUGGUCUGAACUUUCAGGAGAUAUCUUACUUCUUAUUUUAAAUAAACUAUUCCUCCUCUCUGAUUACCAUGCUUUAUCUCUAGUAUGUAAAUCUUGGCACUUCAAUGCAAUGCAAGCUUGGUACCAGAAAGAUCACCCUGAGCUUCAACUCCCACUACUCAUGCUCCCAUUUGAUCAAACAACAAACACUUGCAACUUCUUCAAUAUUCGGGACCGCGAAAUGCUCAGUUUGCACCUUCCCGAGCUGAGCAACCGAUACUGCUGUUCUUCGUCGCAAGGUUGGCUAAUAACAGUAGACGAAAACCUCGACAUACAUUUACUUAACCCCUUAACUAGGUCUCAAGUUCAGCUGCCUACACAUCCAUUUCAGUCAGUGUACACUGAUCUUUCUCAUCCGGCCGGUGCCGUUUCGUUUCUGAAAAAAGCUGUUCUGAGCUCAAGUCCAAGCAGUCCAAGUUCAUCUGAAGAUUGUAUCAUUCUUGGCCUUUUCGGCAAUAUAGGAAGAUUGAGUUUAUGCAGAGUUGGAGAAAACACAUGGAAUCAUAUAACUGAUAGCAUGGUGGUUAUUGAUCAUGAUUACUAUUUUGAUGUUACAUACUACAAUGGAGAGAUUUACACUGUUUGUGAACAUGGAUUUUUUACUUCUGCAAUCAAUGUUUUCAGAUUUGGCCAAGAAAAGAAAGAAUGGUUCUUAAUGAUUCAGGACAGAGUUGAGAAAGUGUACUUUGUUGAGUCAUGUGGUGAUUUGCUUUUAGCAGUGAAACCCAUGCACAUUUAUAUGUUUCAUGUCUUCAAGUUGGAUCAAAAGAUUGAUGAUUGGGUGGAGGUGGAGCACUUGGGAGAUCAUUCAUUGUUCUUGGGACAAAACCAUGGAACUUCUCACUUGGUUGAUGGUGAUUCUAGUGUAAUUAGUGGGAAUUGCAUAUAUUUUGUGGAUCAUUAUUGGGAUUCUUACCCUUGUUCUAAAGUAUAUACUUUCGGCGUUUUUAAUAUGGAAAAGAAAAAAGCAGAUAUCAAUAAAUUGAGCAUUGAAACUAGUAAUGCUCCUCCGGUUUGGUUCCAGCAAUUGCCGAUGCUUGAUCUUUAA